AUGAAGUACGCUUUCGCUCAAGUAGCAUUCGGCCUUAGUGCCAACGCCCUCGUUGCCCGAGAGGCCGCACAGUGUGUGCAACUCCAAGCCUCGGGAGGAGUCUCAGGUGUCUUUGGUCAGCUCGGUGAUGGACAGAACCGUGUUGGCGGCGGUCAUUCUACCGGAUGCUACUGCCUGAGCAAUGGUGGAUUCACGGACUCGAACGGACGCGGAUGUAUCCUAACGCCCCCGACCACGCAGUUCCAAUGCGAUGUCGGUGCCGCACCUUCCACUGGCUUUGCCAUUGGCUCCAAUGGAGGAAUCACCUCUAAUGGCAGCGGCAAGUUUUACGCCUGCCCUGUCAACGACAAUGGCGAGUACAACGUAUACACUGAGCCGGCUCCGGGUCAGGAAAAGUGUGUUGAAAUCUCACUGAGUUCUGCUGGAUCAUGCGGCCCUGGUGCUGCUCCUCAGCCUAGCAAGCCUGCAGCUCAGCCAAGUCAGCCAGGAUAUUCACAAAAGCCUGCACCUCCCUCAGAGCAACCUGUACCUAAGCCUAGCAAGCCUACCCCUCAGCCAGGAUACUCACAAAAACCCGCUCCAACAUCCGAACAGCCUGCAUACUCCGACAAGCCUGUACCAACGCCUCAACAACCUGCACCUCAACCAGGCUACUCGCAGAAACCCGCUCCAACACCAGAGCAACCUAUAUAUUCCGAGAAGCCUGCACCGACGCCCCAGCACCCUGCUCCUCAGCCAGACUAUUCACAAAAGCCAGCUCCUACACCUGAGCAGCCUGCACCCAAGCCAAGUCAGCCUGCAUCCGAGCCCUCAGGAUCCUGCCCAACAGACCUAAACGGCGCCUACCAAUACCCGCACCUCAUCAUCCCCGUCGAUUCCACCUCGCCGAACAAAGCCGCUGGAACAUCCUACAACGGCAAAGUCAACAAAUCCACCUGCUCCAUCUUCAACUUCGACAUCCCCGCCUCGUACGCCGGCAAGCAAUGCACCGUGCUUUUCCUCUUCCCCGAGCAAAAGGAUCUCGAGACAUCUAGCUACACUGUCUCUGGUAACGGCCAGUGCAGCUUUUCCAAGCUCAGCGGGCCCGCGGAUCAGCAGACUUCGUACGCCAAUCAGCCAGCUAAGGACAGUGAGGUUGCGAAGAUGUCUGUCGCGCCUGGAAACUCAUAUGUUGUUGCAUCGGGCGAGUGCGCGGCGGGACAGAGAGUGGCGUAUGAGAUGUGCAGUGAGGGCGAUUUCGCGCUGGAUUACUUCCAGGAUUAUAAUCCUUCGCCCAUCGGGCUGUAUGUUCGUCAGUGCUAG